AUGUGCCAUAAUUCAUCAGUCAUUGAUUUGUACACUGUUGGGGACGGAGAUAAGACAUGGGAUACAUUAAGACAAGGAGAAAUGCCCUUUGUGCAUUGGCUGCUCGUGCAUGGACCACAAGGCGAAAAAGUUAGAGUCAAGGCGGUGUUUGAUGGAGGAGCGAUGGUGGGCACUAUGUGUACAUCGUUCUUCAAGAAGGUCCAGCACAGACUUCUAGGCCAAACCACACCAUCCAACAGACGUUUGCGUGUGGCGAAUGGCACCAUCAUACCCUCACACGCAGUAUGGACUGGGAUGUUGGAAUUGGGAGGAGUUCGGGUGAAGGCAGAGUUUGAAAUCUUCGAUAGUGGAGGCGGCUGGGAAUUCUUAUUCGGGAAACCGCUACUACGUUGCUUCAAGGUGUUGCAUGACUUUGAUGCAGACACGGUCACCAUUCGCGCUGCUCAUGGACCAGUCGUAUUAUGCAACAGCGUCAGCCAAUGUGCCCCGAAGACUCCUUUAGGCGUUAGCCUCACACUCAGUGUGGAACAGCGGGAAAACUCAGUAGGGGGCUCUUCAGGCGUGAAACCCCCUCCGAGGCAAGUUUUGCAUCACAAGGUCUUAGACGUUGAAGUUCAGAAUAACAAGUUGGAUUGCAUUUUAGGUGGUACUAAUGACACGUCAACUGUAACAGGUGGGUACAUCAUAAACGAAGAUGAAAGUAUAGUGCAGGAAGAAGAAGAGUGGUUGAAGGCCACAGGAGAGCCAUGA